CGACGCGCCCAACACCAACACGGUGCGGGCAGCUGCCAAAGAAAGCAAAGGAGAGGAGAGGAGAGGAGGAGCUCAUUAGUUUUUUUUUUUUUGGGCGUCGGUCCGUCGGAGGGGAUUGGUUGUUGAUUGAUCGUCAUCCGCUUCGUCCCCGGUGGUAGCUCGCGCUCGAUUCCUUGAUCCUCUCUCGCCGGCCGGCGCGCCCGCCCACAUGGUGGAGUCGGAAGGCGAGGCGGAGGCGGCGUGCGCGGCGGUGCUGACGCCGCCGCUGUCGCUGGAAGGCGGCCUCGCGGCGGAGCUCCGCCCUGCCAACAUCGUCCAGCGUGUGCUCAGCCUCUUCCGCAACGUCCGCCCGGGCUCGGACCUCUCCCACUUCCAGCUGCCGGCGACGUUCAACCUGCCCAAGUCGCAGCUACAGCUAUACGGAGAGGGGGUGUACUGCGUCGGCGACGACCUCCUUGGCCGGUGCGCGCGUGGCGCCGACAGCCUCGAACGCCUCGCCGCCGUGGUGGCAUGGAGCAUCUCCACGACGCGGCCGCCCAUCUUCGGCUUCGCGCCCUACAACCCGGUGCUCGGCGAGACCCACCACGUCUCCACCUCCUCCGGCGGCUCCACCCUCAACGUCCUGCUGGAGCAGGUCUCGCACCGCCCUCCCGUGACGGCGCUGCACGCGGCGGACGCGCGCGGCGACGUCCGCCUCGUGUGGUGCCAGAGCCCGGCGCCGCGGUUCCACGGGGCCAGCGUGGAGGCCGCGGUGCGCGGCGCGCGGGAGCUCCGCCUGCCCCGCCACGGCGAGACGUACGUCGUGGGCUGCCCUAACCUGGUGAUCCGCCUCCUCCCGUCCCCCGGCGUCGACUGGGCCGGCGACGUCCGCGUCGUCUGCGCCGAGUCCGGCCUCGAGGCCAAGCUCAGCUACUGCCGGACGCGACGCUCGUUCCUCGGGUUCGGCGGCGGCGACGCCCGCUGCGUCAGGGGCAGGAUCUUCCGCUCGUCCGCGCCUGACGAGACGCUGUGCGAGGUCGAUGGGUUCUGGGACCGGCAGGUCUCCAUCAAGGACGUCGCUACUGGUGAGGUCUCCGUGCUCUACGACGCACAGCGAGCCAUUGGUGACCUCGCCACGCCCGUCGUGCAAGACCAGAAGGGCGUGUCGGCGUCGGAGUCCGCGGUGGUCUGGGGCGAGGUGAGCGACGCGAUCUUGAAGAAGGACUGGGAGACGGCCCGGCAGGCGAAGCGGCGGGUGGAGGACACGGCGAGGAGGCUCGCCAAGGAGAGGAACGAGAGGGGGGAGGUGUGGACGCCCAAACACUUCUCGCUGUCGCAGAACAAAGACGGCGACUGGGAGUGCUGGCCGCUGGAGGAGACGGUGCCGCCGGCGCCUAUUGUUGUCCCCUCUUCCUCAUCCUCCUCAUGACACUACUAGUAGAUCAUUAGUACUUCUACAGCACUACAUGUUGAUUGACACUUCACUGAUGAUAUACGACGAACGAACCUGAAUGAAUCUCAUUGAAUCUAUGUAUAUAUAUUUCUUCUUCGUCGGCU